CCCUCAACUGUUCUAAGAUCAGGCACCAAACCCAGUUCUCACAUUGAAUAGCGUUCGGCCAAAGAACGUCCGUUCUGCGGUCAGGCUCUGGAUCACGCGUGCGCGCUGGUCCGAAUGAGCGCUCAGAGUGUUCGUGCAGUGCUGCUGACAGUCUAACGCAAACCGUCCUACAACAGAGCCACGAUGUCUUGCGCUGAUGCUCCAGCAGACAACAACAACGGGGAGCCUGGAUUAAACGGAUCAUGGGUGGAGCUGGAGAUGAACAGAAACUCUGCAUCGUUCGCUUCGUCCACCACCUCUGUGCUUCCUCCUGUAGCCCAGGUCGUAGAGGAGGAUGAUGGAAUGGUGGGAGGGCUAGAACAUGUUCCCUCAUCGUCCUCAAUCCACAAUGGAGACAUGGAGAAAAUACUGCUAGAUGCCCAGCACGAGUCCAGCCGCAGUAACUCCUCUUGCGACAGCCCUCCUCGACCCCACAGUCCUCAGGAUGAUGGACAGAUCAUUUUUGACGUGGACACGAGGAGAGACAGUCAGGAGGACGUCAUGGAGAAGAUGAGAGAUGAUGACAUUUUAAUGAAGGAUUCAGACUGGGUGGCAGACUGGUCAAGUAGACCAGAGAAUAUUCCACCUAAGGAGUUCCACUUCCGGCACCCGCGGCGUUCAGUGACACUCAGCAUGAGGAAGACAGGAGCGAUGAAGAAAGGAGGCAUCUUCUCUGCUGAGUUUCUCAAAGUGUUCAUCCCCUCACUGCUCCUGUCCCACAUCCUGGUCUUGGGUCUAGGGGUCUACAUUGGGAAAAGACUGACUACUCCUGCAAGCUCCAUUUGAACACAAUUCCGAUGAAGUGCCUCAGGCAUGGUCCAGGUGGAUUAGGGAGAAGUUUGUAGUUUGUACAAAGAAUGAUCCCUGCUGCCCCUUUCUUCUCCUUUUACUCUUUCCCUCCCAUACCCUUUUCUAUUUCCUUCCCUUUUUGGUGUUUCUUUUACAUGGCCUUUCCACAAUGGGAAGUGACAUUUGCACAUUGUAGAUUAACAGAGAAGUUUACUUCUCUCCAUUUCAGGCCUUUUAACUACAUAUUUUUUAUUUGCGGUAUCCAUUUUUUCUGUUUAUUUUCACAAAAGUGAAUGUUGUAACACCCCCUUAGCUCUUCAUAGGUAUAGCAUUUAAGUUUGGAAGUGUUUGAGGGCAGUGUGUUAAACCAAACCUACAUGCUAGUUCAGCACUAGCCUGAUCUGUGAUCUGUCUGUGCCCUUUUGGGUCUGAUCAUAUGGCCCAAAAGUGGGCCACACACAUAAUGACAAAGUAAUAAAGGAUCCCACUAAUUUGAACUCUUUUAUAAUGGGAUAAACCAAAAUAUAUUGACUUAUUGAAGACAUAUGGGCAUGCCUGGGUGGUAGCUAAGAGUUUAUUUUUUUCUACAAAUGCUUUCCUUUUAGUUCUUUUAUUUACGUUUUGGUAGAAAUGUUAGAAUGAUUGAGUUGAUUGUGUUUUUGGAAAGACAGGGCUCUCUGUAGACCCCAUCCACAUCCUGUCAUGUUGGAAAAUGGCAAAAACAAUAGCUUGUUAAUAAGAUGAAAUAUAAUAUAUGUAUUUCACUGUACCAGAUGCAAUUCUAUACAAAGUUUUGCAUAAUCAUUUACAUACCUUUGACAGUACACAGAGAAAGUACUUGGUACAAGGAAAUGUCUGAUACAUAAAUUAAUGUUUGAAAAAUUUAAUCUCAUAUACAUAUAGCCUGCCAUAAUCCAUUUAGUCAGAUGGGACUGAUGGAUCCCUGUAUGAAAAAAAUAUUAUUUUAUUUAAAUUAUUUCUGUGCUUGUUUCUCUGUGUUUGUUCUAAUUUUGUUUGCCUCUUGUUUCCUUUAAAUACAUAUCAGGACCUAGUGAUUUCAUAACUAGGUAUGUCUGGCAGUAAAGGGGCCGUUCAGACCGAACGAGUUCUUGUGCUAAAAAAGAUAAAGCGCAACGAAUAGAACAGAAUGCAGUACUUUUUAAAUUGACAAGGCGUCUAAAAAAUAUGGCGCUCCUGAGUGUGGCGCUAAAAAAAAAAAAAAAAAAAAAAAAAACGGUCAAAGACGUCCGUCUAGCGAACUAAAAAAAAACUAUUGAAAAGCAGAGCAGACGGACACAAAAAUAAAUUCAGGCAACCUGCUUGUGUCUUUUGCUGUGUCAAACAUUUUGUUACACCAUCUAUCUCAUACAUAUUUAUAGCAUUUUCAUGCGCUUAGCUUGAGGAGCUUGUCUUGAAAUGGAAGAGGUACAGCAGCGCCAUCUUUGGUUUUUGACGGGAAUGUCAAAGUCUCUCCAAUGGGCUGUACUGCAGUUUAUAGUGUUUCUGGAUCGUUCUGGAACAUUGAAAAAACACAUUUCAAAGAACAUUCAGUAGACAAAAAAACUCUAGACAACACGAGUUGAAGAGUUGAGUAUUGAAGAGAUAAGGUAAAUCUAUCCCUCACAGCCUCUUUGUCAUCCCCAUUAAAAAUCAAAGAUGGCGCUACCGUGAAUAAGGUUUAUUUGCACCACAGUAUAACAAAUGACCCGGUGUGAUAUGCUCCACCUAGCAGAAGAAUUUAUCUUAAAGGAAUAGUUGCAAAUCAUCAUUUACUCACCCUCAUGUCGUUCCAAACGCGAAUUUACUGAACGCAAAAUGAGACAUUUUGAAGAAUGUUCUUGCUGCUCUUUAACAUUGGAAAUGAAUGGUGACAAUUUAUAGAGCAGUACAACUAGUCCAUAUGAUUUGUGUUCUAUAUUCCAAGUCUUCUGAAGCCAUACAAUAUUUUUAUUUAUUUUUUGUCAUUUUUUGCUUAAAACUUUGGUGUGUGAAGAUGCGUCAUGCCAGGUUUGAAUGAAGCAUGAAUGAGAUUUAAGAGCUACGGCUUAAAUUUUGGUCUGUUCCUCACAAAAAGCUUUCAAAUGGCUUUAGAAGACUCGAAAUAAAGUACACUAGUCAUAUGGACUGCUUUUUAUUUAUUUUUUUUAUUUUUUUGGAGCCUUUAAAGCCCCUGCUCACUAUAGGCUUUCAUUGUGUAAAAAAAAAAAAAACACACACACACACACACACAUACAGUCUAGUCUAGUCACGCACAUUUAGUUAACACUAACACUCCAGCACCACAGGUGACAAUGUACUAAACCAAUGGACAUGAACAUCCAAAUGCUUAUUUUUGGGAACAGGAUUUUGUUUUGCUAUAACCCUGAACAGAAUUGUACUUAAGUCUAUUAGUGUUUUUUUGUCAAGACAUUUUAAGUGUUUUUUUUUUUGGAUGUGUGCACACAUUUCUUUUGGUCUUCAUCUAAAUCUAUGAAGGAUUUGCCUCUCCUCAAACACAACUGCCAAAAACCAACUGAGAGGUCAUCUCUUAUAAACUUUGUGCCUCUGCUCCUUAAUUAUGUUUGAUACUUUAUGAUGUCAUUGUUUACGAAAGCUCAUUUGUCUGUGUUCUGUGCCAGACUUUAUUUUAUUUGCACCACCUUCUCUGUAAAUACAACAUUUUGAAGGUUUCUCCUAUGCAUUACAACUAAGUUUAACUUUAAUUCUUUAAUAACCAAGGCAAACUAGUGUAGAGAACACAGAAGAGAAGGCACAGGAUAGCUGUUAAUAAACAAAGAUAUAUUAAAUGAGGUUUUAGUUUUUUUUGAUUGUUAAUUGAAGUUGGAAAGAAGUGAAUAAACCACAUUUGUGGAGACUUUCUUCAGACUGUUACCACGUUUUAUUGAUUUGACAGAUUUUUCCCCCCUGCUAGACAAUGACAAAGUUUUCAAAUUAAAAUGUAAAAAAACAAACUGCA